AUAUUGGAUGCCACAUUUGAUGACAUUGUGGCGCUUGCCAUCCUGCGGAUGCCGAGUCUAUUGGAGCCAAUUGUCAGGAAGACAAUUCGAGAUUAUAUCAAUCUCAAUAAUUAUCAACAGCUGUCAAAAUAUCCAGGACCAAUUUUACUGAUCAGGAGAACUGAUGAUGAAGUUAUCUGCACAGAGGAGAUGAAACUGUCAUCCAACAGGGGGAAUAACUUGCUGAGGAAGCUCCUGAAAUACAGAUAUCCAAAGAUAUUUGAUGACGAAGGGAUCAACCUCUUGCACGUGUGGCUGGCCGCAGAUGUGAAUCAACAAACAAUUAUGUGGAGCCAGCAUGACAUUGAUGAGGACCUGUGUGUAUCCACGCUAGUGUCCUACAUUUCUGAACAUUCCAGCUCCUACCCGUGCCUGGUUGGAGAGGGUUUCUCACCAGAAUUGAAAGCUCAGAUGGUUCUGUUCCUUGCACACAAGUACAUGAUAGACUUUCGGUCCACUCAUUGCACCCCACUCCCUUCUAACAUGUUCCGGUUACCAUGGGAACUAUCAUCAGAAUUGGAGUAUGUUAGGAUAUGAGUCACACAUAGGUCAGUCAGUGUUAUGGCAUUUGUAAUGAAAUCUGACAGCAAUAUGAAAACCAUAGAUAUUUCAUAGGGUUUUGCAGCACAGAUAAGCAUAUAUUUCUUGUAACUUUAUUGUGAUUUGUUAUUUGUUGUUGUUGUCAACCAGUAAUACCACAGCACAAUCUAUGUUAUAUCAUUUUUUGUAUGUAUUUUGAUAUUCCGGACACAUUUUUAUGGCUUCAGUUAGUACUUUCAUUGUCAUUGUCAAUGUCAGGCAUUUUUCUGUAUUGACAUUUAUCCACAAACAUAUUUAAAAGCUUAGAUCCAUAUGAAAACUAUACUAAUGAAUAAGAGUGAAAUGUUGUGCUUAAUUAUUGAGAGAGUGAGCCAUUGUGGCUGUAGAAUCAGGGCUGGAUUUGCACUUUGGGACCCCCAUGGCAAUCAAAACAUUGAGGCCCUGAAUAGUAACAAGAAAUUUAAGUUAUGACAAUUCUUUUUUUUUUUUUUGUUCUUAUUUCUUAUACUCGUAAUAGAUAAAAAUACAGACUAACGUUUUGCGAUUUCAGAGAAGCAAAUGUCUCAGUAAAUUCUCUUUAUUCUAUUUAUAUUUUGUGGAGGCCCUGGGGCAACUGUCCCAGUUACUCCCCUUUAAAUUCGGCCUUAUGUGAAACAUUUGUGUUUUGUUUGUUAUGAAAUAUUGGAAUUAAAGUACACAGAAUAUCAUGACAAUUUUAUUUAUUCCAUUUAAGUUUACAGCAAGAACAAAUCUCAUUGUUACACAACCAACGCAGAUGAUACUUUGUUUGAUAUGUUGAAUUCACGAUUCUCAGAAUAGAUACUAAGAAGACUAUUGUCAUCUGGUAUGUGAUGCCGUGUAAUCUGGUGGAAGUUAACCGACAUUUCAGAGGAAUGUAUUGCCUACAUCUUCAGGUUUGAUUGGUAAAGAAGGCAAGUUCUGCUUGCUGAGUGCUUCUUGCUAGUUGGUUUAUUCUUUGACCCUGAAGAUAGAGGUUGUAUGCUCCUCUGGAAUGUCAGUGAACUUGCGUAUUGGACUACAUGGCGUCACAUCACAGAAGAUAGUUCUGUUUCAUGUUCUUCACAGACUGUACCAUCAUCAAGGGUUCUUUCGCCAGAUAUGUUUCACUAUGUGGUAUAUCCCACUUCUUCUGUCAUGUACAUAUAAAUGUGACAUGUUGUAAUUUAAAAUAAUGGACUCUAUUAAAAUCAAUAAAAAAUCAGUAAAGUCUAGUUAAAAUUCAGUCAAGAUUUUUCAGUAUUUUGCUUAGGGGCUGUUGUCUCUUUAUCCGAACACCAUUGUGUGGAUUUUCUUUGUUUGGCUUACUUGCUCAGUGGCAUGGUGCCUGUGUGUAUGUAGCUCUCGAAAUAUUGAUAUAGUUAUCAUGUAUGCCCCCUGCCUGCAGGCUCCUCGCCCUGCCUGUGUGGUGGUGGUGUUCCGUGUAUGUAGACCUUUACUGAUUUUAAUAGAGUCCAUUAUUUUCAAUUAGGACGUAGUGCAUUUAUAUGUGAUAGAAGAAGUGGUAUAUAUCACACAAUGAAACAGUGUCUGGCAAAAGAACACCUGAUGAUGGCCAUAUAUGGCUGAAGCCUGUUGUGAAACUGAAAAGAAAAAGGAAAAAACAAAUAAGUUGCAUUGUGGAGGGAGGUAUAGUUUGCCAAGUGUUUGUUAGUGCAACAGGAUGCAUAUAUACUAUACAGUACUCUUUUCAGGUUCUUAAAUAAAUCAGGAAAUAAAUAAGAACAGAUUGUUGUGUGUGGUGCAGUCUGUUGGAUCAUAAAAUUUCCCAGUAUAUUAUUAUUAACAGUGAAAAUGCUAGAUGUAAUACAGGUGUCUCAGAAAGAAUGCAAAUGCCAGAAUAAUUACUGUAGCUAACCUCAAUCUUUGGGUUUGAUAUCUCAAUUUACCUGCCAAUGAAGGGAGACAACCCAUACUUACAGUUAUGUAAUUAUUGUAUGAUAGUAAAUUUGCAUCUGUGCUUUCAUCAGGUUGAGUUUUUGCCAUAUUGUUAGAGGCUAUAAAUGUCAUGGUUCAUUUAGUCUUAUGUUUCCAGUGAAAGAAAAUUCAAUCAGCUUCUCAGGAUUGGAUGGUUGAAUAGUGAAGUAGCUAUCACUACUGACAGCCUGACAGCUCAGGAGGUUUGUGAUAUCUGAGAGGUGGAUAACAUGCUCCUCAGGCCAAGAAAUGGUCUUGUGUGGCAAGAGCCAUAUCUUUGUAUCUGACUAGAAAGUUUGGUUUGAAUUUUAAAGACACUGCAAUUUUUUGUCACGUAAAAUCAUGUGAAUUAUUUAGCUUACUGAAGCUUAAUGUAUGACAGUUUAUGGAAGUUUGUAGAGGAGAGUAGUGAACCAGUCCUUUCCUAAACUUUGGACAAGUGACUUAUAAAUUUUGUCCAUUAGAAAUUAUAACUUGUAAUUAAAUGAGUCCCUUGGUUUUCAAAUGCUUUUGGAUGGACAGUACACUGCUGCACUUGUAUUAUCUCUUAAAGUAUAAGCAUUUGAACUUCUGAAUUGUUUGAAUUAAUUAAGUAAUAUUGUAGGAUGAAAUUUACUGAUGCAGGUAGAUCAUCAUAUCUCUAUAUCUUUAAAGUUUAAUAUCUUUGGAAAUGUCAGUAAGUAACUUUGAGAUAAGCCGGACUUAGCUGUGAGACAGAGAAGGUACAAAUCUAUCUAUUUAUAAUAGUGUUCUGUUGGGAUAGCUUUCUGAAACAAAUCUGUAAAUACAUUGCAUUCUUCUGUUAUUUUACAGCCAACUUUGAACAGUGUGCAAUUCUUAAUUAAGCCCUGGUUCAACUGAAUCCUGCUGUAACCAUUUACCCUGACACAUGACUUUCACCCCGUUAUUAUUCUCCUUGCAGCACUCACCCCAAAAUUCCUGAAGAAGAGAUUCGCAUGACACUGAAAAUCCGCAGCUAGACAGUAGUAACUAAUAUACUACGCUUCGAUCAGUUACGAUAGAUGAAAAUCAAGUACAGGAAACUCCCUAUUAUGUGGCAUGUAUGGGAAAUUGGAUGUUCAGUUACAUGAAUGUGUCUGUGUCAAGAGAAAAACUUAAAAACCCCAGCUUUUCAUAUAAUUUUCACCAUUUUCUUGACUUUUACAUAUUUCUGUCUUCUGUUUCAAAGUCAAAAUAGUGCGUUUUCAGGCUAGUUCUUGUGUAUGUGUCUUCUUAGGUUACAUAGUGGAUUGAAGGGUGAAGUAGUUUGGAUUUACUAUAAUGUGAUUACAAAUUCAAGUAGUGUGUAUGAAUCACUAUGUAAUGGCACCUGUGUAAGGGAGGAUGAGGGGCAGUGGUUCUAGUGGUGGCUGCAUGAACUAAUGUAUAGUGGGUAAGCUUAUGCUCAUUGCAACUUCAUUUAACUCUGUGUAACUUUAUAAACGUAUUACAUUUUUUCAGGUUGAAUGAGAAUUCUGCAUGCUUGAAUGCUGGAUAACUGGGAGUUUGCUGUAGUUUGCAUGGUAAUGCCAUCUCUUUAACAUUGAUGUGAGUUAUAUACUCAAAUAUUCAGGUAUGAAUUACAUACAACAGGAAAUCAGUCUUUCAUCAUUUGCCAGAUCUAAUUAUGGCUGGUCUCACAGAACCUUUUUCAGGCUAAUCAGUUUACUGACAGAAAAGGUUUUUCAGUGAUUGUGUCUUGUGUUUAGGAAAUUUUAGGUCCCAUCAAAUUUGUGAGUCACUUUUCACUUGCAGUGUUGGUUUAAAAAUCUGACAUGAUUUUCUGAAAUGGAACCUGUUUCUUCGUGAUGACCAUGUGUCUUGCUCCCCCUGUUCAUGUACAUCAGAUUUUGUUACUAUUUUUCUUCCUAAAUGACUCCAUGGAAGUGUCGUGUGGCUGUUUGUUAAUAUGGAAUGUGGUCAUAUGGACUGAAGAGCCAUUGAUGAAAACUUACGUGGAAUAAAAUGGUGGGGAGCCAGGGUUGUGCUGCAAAGAUUUUAACUACCAGUCUGCAUAUACAAUUGCCAGUUUUUUAUUAGCCUGCUUCCAAAAUGGAUAAAGCCAAUUUCAUCUAUCACCCUGACCAGUGUGCUUUGCUUUGUAGUGUCUGACCAGGCUGGGCUUGUUUUAAGGGAGUUUUAAAUAUUGUUUUGAAUUUCUAGGUCAUGGUUUGCCCGAAUUGAUGUGAACCAGCUCCAUAACACCCAUAUGGAGGUGUUUUGGUUAGCACCAUCAUUUAAUUAGUUCCAUUACAGUCCUGUGUAUUUAAAAUGGAAAAAGAAAAUGUACAUGUCAUUUAAGACCAAAAUUUGUGAUUUACUCCUUUAGCAUAAUGACUCUUCAUGAAUUCUGUAGUCCUUGGCAGGAAACUUGUGCCCCAGAAAGAACUCUCUUCAGAAUGGUUGGGCAUCGUAAGUGACACUGAAAUGCUGAAGUGCCUUCACUGAUUUUGUUUAUGUUUUCCAGUUUUGUAGUUUGUUGAACAGCUUUUGGCCUAAUCCUUUCCCAUCCUUAUUUCCAACAUAACCCCCACAAAAUUCAGGUUAAUUUUAUGAAAAUAAAAAAAAGUAGUAUACACUUUAAUCUGGGUAAAUAUGAAACUGUCAUCUGUUAUUCCUGUAUAUAAACUGCUGUAAGAUAUGUUAAUAUAAUGAGCAAAUAUGUGACAUUCAGCAUGUGAUCAUAAUGCAGCAGUACAUUUGUGCAUGGUGGUGGAAAACUUUCGACAUUUGUACUAUUCCUGAAAAGAAUGAUGUCUGAAACCUUCAGACUGAGUAAGAAAGGGUUGCUGUUAACUCUGAGAUCUUUUGUUAUAUACAGAGGACACAAAUAAGAUGCAUAAUUUCUCAUGAGAAGAGUUUGUAAAUCGAGCUGUACAGAGUUAAAACAGUUUUCAUGUACUAAGCAUUAAAACGUAAGUUAAUGUAAACGUGCAUUGAGAUUUGAAGUAGUGAUAUGCUCCUGUAAGGAAUGGAGGAGUAAAAAGGUAGCAGAUAUUAAGCAAAUGCAAGUAACAUUUAUUGUUUUUUUUUAUUGUGUGCAUACUACAUUAAGCAUCCUGCAAAAAUAAUCUUAAGGGUCUCAGGUUCCUUCUAACUUACUUAUGUCAGCUGUUAUAAUUAUUUAUGACUUUUAUGUAUGUUUGUCUGUUUAAGAGUUGUUACACUGCUGUUCUGCUUUACAGAAGAACUGAAAGUAUUAAUUUUCAGAUUCUUACUGCAAAGCGCACCAUCCAUCAUCGUAAGGAAAAAUAUAAUGAAAACAAGUACAACUGAUGUGAUUAUAAGGCUAUGUAAAAUAGACAAUUAUUUAAAUGUA